AUGAGCAUAAGUGUCAGACGAUCGCCAAGCUAUCAAAGCCUCGCCAGCCUACGGUCCUCAACGCACCACGUCGGUCAGCCAGCGACAAGUUUUCGCAACCCUUGGAAGUCUGCAAACAGCAGUGUAGGUCCGUUUACCGCUCUGCAUUAUCGGUUCGGCAACCACCCCGAGAAGAAGUUUGUUCCCGUUCCUCAAGGCCCUGCAGGCUCGCGUUCAUCGGAGCUGGUCAAGGUCUGCAAGCCCGACUGGGGUGUUGGGAAGCAGGGUCAUCUAAGAGCGACAUGGAUCGGCCACGCUUCAUUCCUCGUUGAGCUGCCAUGUGCUGAAGGAGCAGAACGAGGUGUGCGCAUUCUAUGCGACCCUGUCUUUAGUGAAAGAACCAGUCCUUCUCAGAGAGUAGGACCCAAGCGAUACACGCCCGUGCCUUGCUCUCUCGAGGAGCUGCCUGACGUGGAUGUAAUUGUAAUAUCACACAACCAUUACGACCACCUGGAUCACGCCACGGUGCAGCAUAUAUACAAACGGCGCCAAAGUCAGGUUCACUUCUUUGCAGGUCUCAACAACAAGAAGUGGUUCACGGAACAUGUCGGCUGUCAGCCAGACUAUGUGACGGAAGCAGACUGGUGGGAUCGAUUUGAAGUCACUGUAGAGGGUGUUGGGAGGUUCGAGUUAACAUGCUGUCCAGCCCAGCACGGCAGCGGACGUUCGCUGUUUGACCAAGGCAAUACUCUGUGGUGCAGUUGGGCCAUUGAGGGUAGUGGCAGGAAGCUUUACUUCUCGGGCGACACAGGUUAUCAAGCUAUGAACACGCCGGAGCCUUGCCCAGUGUUCAAGCAAAUAGGUGACGCUCUGGGUCCGUUCGACAUGGCACUGCUACCGAUCGGACUAAUGACUCCGGCGUCACUCAUGGGUACUGUGCACGCCACUCCGGAGCAGUCAAUAAAUAUCCACAAAGACGUCAAAUCAGGGCUGAGCAUUGGUAUGCACUACGGUACUGUCAGAGGUGGUAUCUCUGCCCAGUACGAGCCCGUCACUGCACCGCCCCGCCGUUGGCGAGUAGCAGCCGAAAAAGAGGAUCUUUGGCUGGGUGGCGGUGUCGAAGGGAAUGGCGAGCCUGUCGAUGUCACACGUGGAGGAGUUGGCUUGUGCCAUGUUGGCGAAACUGUCGCAGUAUGA